AAGAUGAUCAUCCGAUGCUUAGUUUUAUUCAUUUCAUUUCAAACUCUAUUGGUAACAGAACUCUUCCCCACCAAACUGUUGUAACAUUGUACCAACAUCUACCCUCCUUCCGUGUCCCCCUUCUCUUUCCCAAAUGUCACCAUUAUUUUCUUUUCCUGAAAAUAAUCCCUAGCAAUUUCUUAUGGAAUGUGGGUAUUUUAGAUUGAUAUCUUCUUGAAAGAAUUAGAGGGUGGAAAUGGGAUUGCUCAGUUUUCUGAGGGGAAAAGAUGUCAGGAGAUUCAUCAAACGAAAAGAUAGUGAUGCAGGCGACGCAGGUAGAGCAUUGGAAGAACUCCGAGGUGUUCUGUAUAGUGAGCUUCGAACUUCAGAAGGCGCUAAGCGUCAACAACAGCGCCUUUGUGGUCCUGUUGUGGCAAUGACCUUCAAUUUUCUUGUUGCUGUUGGCAUUAUUAUGGCAAACAAAUUAGUUAUGGGUAAAGUUGGAUUUAACUUCCCAAUCUAUCUCACAUUGAUCCACUACUCCUCAGCUUGGGUCCUGCUUGCCAUUUUCAAGGCAUUCUCAUUGCUUCCAGCCUCUCCUCCUUCAAAAACCACACCUUUUUCUUCUCUUUUCUCUUUGGGUGUUGUCAUGGCCUUUGCCUCUGGCCUUGCCAAUACCAGUCUAAAGCAUAACAGUGUUGGGUUCUACCAAAUGGCAAAAAUUGCAGUGACUCCAACCAUUGUUCUCGCAGAGUUCGUACUCUUUAGGAAAACCGUUACGUUCAAUAAGAUUCUGGCUCUAGCUGUGGUCUCUGUAGGUGUGGCAGUGGCAACGGUGACAGAUUUAGAAUUCAAUCUCUUUGGUGCCUGCGUUGCAGUCGCAUGGAUAAUCCCAAGUUCCAUAAACAAAAUCCUCUGGUCUAAUCUCCAACAACAAGGCAAUUGGACAGCUCUUGCGUUGAUGUGGAAAACUACCCCUGUGACAAUCUUUUUCUUAGUAGCUCUAAUGCCAUGGCUGGACCCCCCGGGGGGAUUUUCCUUUGUGUGGAAUCUCGGUAACUCGUCUGCUGUUCUAAUAUCAGCACUUCUUGGUUUUCUCUUGCAAUGGUCUGGAGCUUUAGCACUUGGGGCAACCUCUGCUACUUCUCAUGUGGUGUUGGGGCAAUUCAAAACUUGUGUCAUUCUUCUAGGGGGCUACGUGCUAUUCGAUUCGGACCCGGGGUUUGUGAGCAUUUGUGGUGCUGUCACAGCUCUUUUAGGGAUGUCUGUUUACACUUCGCUGAACUUGAAAGAGUCACAAGAGUCUUCUUCUUCCUCUAACCAGACUCCAAAGCAGAAUUCAUCUGCUUUAAAACCCAAAAGCACUGAGGAUACAACAGAGGAAACAAAUGUGAAAGAUGAUUCUAAUGCUGUGUGAAAUGAGGAGGCUUUUGGCACUUUGUUGGUUCAUUCUUCACCUUGCAUAUGAAUGAAAGAGAUUCAAUCUCAUUCGCCAUUUGAAUCACCUUGAAUAUGAGAGGGAGAUUCACUAGAAUUAAUUCUUGUUCUACUUCUACCACUGGGUUUUGAGUGGAAGCAUGUACAGAAACAUUUGUUUCAUACCAAUAUUAUUGAUAAUUUUUGUAUCUUAAUUACUUACCCAAAAAAAAUAAAGUUUUGUAUCUUAAU